AUGAAUUAAUUGAGAAAUCAAAGAGGAACAGAAACAGAUGAAGUAUACAUUGAUCCAGAAAGAGGAAUUGCCAUAAAUGCAAGAUAGAUGACAACAGAAUAGCAUUUUAAAUAUUAUAAAUCAUCCUUUAGUACAUUAAGACCUGAUUUGACUGAAUAUGAAUAUGAAGCAUUUGCCAAGAGAUUAAGAGUUGGUAUUUCAAAAAUUUAACAAAAGGCGAAUCAUUUUUAAAUCAUAUGAGAGUAUUCCUAAAUCAUGAAUCAGGUAGAGUUACUAAUCUUUAUCCUGUUAGUGCAAGACUUGAUAAAAUGUUUGUAAUAAUUAUUUUAAUGUUUAGAACUAUUAAAAUCAAUAUUUUCAUCUAAGACCACCUUUUAUUCUUGGACAUAGAUCAAAUGCAAAUAGAAAUUGGGCUGAUGCUUCUAAAGUUGUGAAUUAUGUUGAAAAGCAAUUACUCAAAAUUACAAAAUAUGGUAAUUUAUAUAUAUAAUCUCAUCAGGAUUGGAUUAUCCAAAUUAUUAUGCUCCAAAAACUGAAAGUGAACUUAAAUAAAGAGAAGAUGAAAUCUAUGAACGUUUUAUCAAAGAAAUGAGAAAACCUCCAAUUGCUGCAGUUUGAUGAAUUAGAAAUAUAAAUCAAAUCAA